UGCAGAUAUACGCCAUUCUUUGGAAACUACCUGAAUAAAACCAAAGCAUUAUCGCGUGUCUGGAAAAUUACAAGCAAAUAUUUUUAUUUGAAAAAAAAAACUAAGGAGGGCAAACUUCAAUAAAACACUCUUAGAAUGUCUCGUACUGAAAGUCGGAUUUAUAUUGGGAACUUGCCUCCAGAUAUUCGUACAAAGGAUAUUCAGGAUUUGUUUCAUAAAUUUGGUAAAGUAACAUUUGUCGACUUAAAAAACAGGCGUGGUCCGCCAUUUGCAUUUGUGGAGUUUGAAGAUGCUCGAGAUGCGGAAGAUGCAGUGAAAGCUCGAGAUGGUUAUGACUAUGAUGGAUACAGAUUGCGUGUAGAGUUUCCUCGAGGAGGUGGACCAGGCAGUUUCCGUGGUAAUCGUAAUGACCGUAAUCGCAAUGAUGGUGGUCGUGGUGGUGGAGGUGGAGGCGGUGGCGGCCGUGGGCCACCUACUAAGCGUUCACAAUAUCGCGUCAUGGUAACUGGUUUACCAUCUUCUGGCUCAUGGCAAGAUUUAAAAGAUCAUAUGAGAGAAGCGGGUGAUGUGUGUUUUGCUGAUGCGUAUAAGGAUGGAACAGGUGUCGUUGAAUUUUUGCGGCAUGAAGAUAUGAAAUAUGCUAUAAAAAAAUUGGAUGACUCUCGCUUUAGAUCUCACGAGGGAGAAGUCUCAUACAUACGAGUACGUGAAGACUCCGGUGAAGGCGAUCGUGGCGGUCGUGGGCCACGAGGUGACCGUUCCCGCUCUUUUUCACCACGUGGUCGUCGCCGUGGAUCACCAACUUAUUCACCUGUCCGACGUUCGUACUCCAGAUCAAGAUCUCGCUCCCGCUCGAACUUGUAAGCAGCACUAUAAAGUAAAUAACUCGGAAUACGAUACCAUUCAUCGAAUAAACGUAUGGUUUGUCAUAAGUAUACUUUUUGAAAAAUGAAUGUUUCCGCAUACAUAAGCUUUCUUAUCAUGGAGGUUACAUAUUUUAAGGCAAGCAUGACUUGAUAAAAAACAUUCUAUUUUAAAUAUUUUAACAUUUAUAAUAUUACUUUUUAAAUUUCUAAACCGAAUUCAGUAAAUUCUUUUGAAUAUUAAUUGCAUCUACUUUGAAUGAAAGUAAUUUAACGGUAUCGAAGAAGAUGCAACCUAUUGUAAUUUUCCAUACAAACAAAACAAAAACUGAAGAAAAUUUAAUAAAAAAGCAAAGUAAUAUCUGUACUAAUGAAAUAUUAUAAUUUUCUCCCCUCUAUUCACGUUUAUUGGAAUGGAUGGAAUGGAAUGGAGUUUUGGGAUUAUUAAUGAUUUGGAUGGAAUCAGGAUUUAAUGGAUUUUUUGGAUUAUAAAUGGACAUUUUAAAAGGAUUACGUGUGAAAUAUAUAGGAAAGGACUUGUAAUUGUAAAUGGCUUUACGGACAAAAUCAUAUUAAGUGGGGAGUGGUGGACAUAAAAAAUGGAUAGGACACUUAAAGUCAGACGUACAAGUAAAAAAAAAUUCCUGACAGGCGAACUUCUUUACUAUACUUUAAUCAAGCAUAUUUGUAUUUGAUCUGCAUCGCAUUUUUAAUUUAUUGUUUGGAGGAAACUUUUGUUCGAGUAAAACAAA